AUGGAGCAGAAUCAAACAGAGUCUCAGGGUAUCUACAACGAAGCGGUUGAGGGAUCCCAAUUUCAGGAACAACCCCAACAAGACCAACCUCAACAGCAGCAAGGUAUUGAAAACUCUGGUUCUCGGGGACAAUUCCAAACAAACCAAGAAACAGACCAAAUUGAGCAGAUGAAGGAGCAUAUUUCCAGAAUGGAGGAAGAAUCAGAAAGACUGAAUCAAAUGCAGCAACAAAUAAUGCAAAUGGACGAUGCAAUGGAAAUUACUGAUAAUGGGGAUGCACCUAUGGAUGGUGUUGAAGAAGACGCUAAAUUUCAAAGCAUACAAGAGAGAAAAGAAAUUGAUGGUAGAUCUAUUUAUGUCAGCAAUGUUGACUAUUCAGCCACUCCAGAGGAGCUACAACAGCUAUUCUCGGAAUGUGGAACAAUCAAUAGAAUUACCAUCCUGACAAACAGAUUGACAGGCACGCCAUUGGGUUAUGGAUUCAUUGAAUUUGAAAGCGCAGAAUCUAUUCCCAAAGCGCUAGAAAAUGACCAGACAUUGUUCAAGGGUCGUCCUAUCAAGGUGACUCCGAAAAGAACUAACCUUCCAGGUUUUGGCUCUAGGGGAAGAGGUAGAGGUGGCUUUGUUGGCAGAGGAAGAGGAAGAGGUGGUUUUGGUGGCAGAGGAAGAGGAAGAGGUGGACCUAGAGGCAGAGGUGGUUUCAGAGGCAGAGGAGCACCCAGAGGUGCAAGAGGCGGCUUCAAUCCUUACUGA